AGCAUGGUGGUCCUUCAGAUGCAUUCCCCUGCCCGUCAGCGACGGGCGAGGAAGGCGGCUGCGCUAGGCUGCUCGCUGGAGAAUUUCGCAUUUCCUUCUCUUAUUUUAAGAUUGCGUUCCACUUUCCUGUUUUCCCAGUCCGGUGGGUGCCCUGUGUCAAGGGUGGGGAGCCGGCGGCCUUCCAGUUGUUACUGGACUCCCAGUGGCCCCGUGGUCUGGGAUGGUGGGAGCUGUCCUUCUUUGGCGAUCACUCGUAGCCGAGUAAGAUUGUCUUCCAUAAACACGGUUUUAACAAUGCGUCCGUAAGUGACCGUGGAGGCCAAUUCUGGAUCCACACAUACUUUCAUAGUGGGGACAUUGGUUUCCAGGCGGGAGUUGAUCACGGUGUGGAUUUGCCAAGCGUACCUUCCUCUUAGCACGUUUCUCCCUUGCGUCCUGAGUUCAAGUGUCUUCAAAGCCCAUGACACCUUUGGUAAAGGCAGUUCUCCAAGUGGAGCGUUCUCAGGCCAGUGUUUCCCAGUUGUCAGUGUUUCUACUACAUUUUUAAAGAUUUGCCUUGAGGAGCGCCCCCUCCCUCCCCAUCCCAGGUAUAAGUACUAGAAUUCAAAAAUGACUGGCCCAUUUCCGCCUGGUGCAACAGUCUUGCGUUGCACCUGACGACAUUCUUGCCAAAGACUUGUUUUCUGUAUUUAUUUUGCUUUAUUGGUGUGUACUUGAUUUGCCACUCCUAUGAGGGAAAAGGGAGCCAAUUCCAGAUGCCCUGCAAUGGACGAUGACAGUCAGGACGAGCUCAUUAACAAGCAUGCUGCAGUAGGCAAAGUCAAAAGAACGACUGCACUGCUCAUCAGCGACGCAGAAAGCAGCGAUGGAAAUAGUGGGGACUCUGAUGACACGGGCAGUGAGGAGGAAGGUGAUACUGAUGAAGAUGGAGGUGAAGAGGAUGAAGAAGGUGAAGAUGAAGAUCUAGAAGAUUCAGAGGAGGAAGAGGAGGAGGAAGAAAUGGAAAUGGCUGCUACGCAAUCAACACAUUUGGUUAAAGCAAAGCCGCACCUUAAUGGCUUUCUUUCUUCCUCUGAUGAAGAUGCUGAAAACUGCCCAAUAUGCCUCAACACAUUCAGGGAUCAGGCUGUUGGAACGCCUGAAAGCUGUGCCCAUUACUUCUGCUUGGAUUGUAUAGUCGAGUGGUCUAAAAAUGCCAACUCUUGUCCAGUGGAUCGCAUACUUUUUAAGUCUAUCUGCGUUCGAGUGCGUCUGGGUGGAGAAAUCUUGGAGAAAAUUCCUGUUGGGAAUGCAAAAUCCCAGGAGGAUCUGGAGGAGGACCCAACCUUUUGUGAAGUGUGUGGCCGAAGCGACCGAGAAGAUCGCCUGUUGCUGUGCGAUGGCUGUGAUCAUGGAUACCACAUGGAAUGCCUUAAUCCUCCGUUGAGUGAGAUCCCUGUUGAUGAAUGGUUCUGCCCACCAUGUGCACCAACAAAUGCUGUGUCUGUCGAUGCUGAAACAGAUCAUGUGAGUGAAGAGGAAGUUGCUUCCCUCAUAGCUGAUGUCGUCCCUACCACCAGUCGACUACGUCCCAGUGUCCGAACUCGAGCUAUAGCCAGAACACGUCAGAGUGAGCGUGUGCGGGCAACAGUGAACAGGAAUCGCAUAACAACUGCACAGCGAAUUCAGCAUGUACCAAGAUACCUUAUGUCUUCCCUUCUUGAUGAAACCAUUGAUGCAGUUGCAGCAGGGCUGAGCACAGCCGUAUAUCAGAGACCGCUGACUCCUCGAACCACAACAAAGAAUAAACGAAGAGGAGGGAGGAGAAAGAAAUCAUCAGGUAAAAAACCUCAUGCAAAGUCAUCUGCUGGAAAAAAGAGCGCUGGAACUUGGAUUAAGAGACGCAAACGGCGAGCAAGGCGGAGGAAGGAAAAAAAAAUAAAAGUGAAAACUGAGCUGACUUCUCGUUCCCGAAUUGCAAAAACCCUUCGUCUUGGCAAGCCUGUACGUGGCAUUUCAAUCCCUUCCAUGUACAAACCAAUGGAACCCUCUCUUGGCCUUAUGAGAGCAGAUAUUGGAGCAGCCUCUCUCUCUGUGUUUGGAGAUCCUUUUGAACUGGAUCCUUAUAACAGUAAUGAAGAGCUUCCUGUAAAUUCAGCCUCACCUGUGAGCAGCAAAAGAAGAGGCCUUUCUCAAUCAGCACUAAGAUCACAUCGUCCUGUCGCUCGACCAGUCGCUAUGGGGCUUCCUGGGAGGAGAGUUCCUGCCUUGGCACCUGAGCCAGAAGCUGGCCCAGCCCCUGUGCCCGACCUGUUGGGGAGCAUCCUGACUGGACAGAGCCUCCUUAUGAUGAGUGGUUCUGAUGUCGUCAUUAAUAGAGAUGGAUCGUUGACAGCAAAGAAAGCAGUCUCAUUGCUGCAUGACAAUUUAGCAAGCAAUUCAAGAGCGGAGGAAGGCUUGGAGGACAGUGCCCAGCAGUGGACUCCAGUUAGUGGUGGCUCUGCUGCUGAAUCUUUGGCUUCUUCACAACUGAAUUCAAACUCCAAAUCUGCUGUCUCAAAUACUUGCGCCUUGUCCCCUUCUUCACUAAGCCUAGCAAACAAAGCAGCGAGUCCAUUGCAGCUUACGUCUGGAAGGGCUCCCAUUAGAUUUGAAUACUCAAUGACUCCAAGGUCUGUUCAGGCUCAGAAUUUAGCAAAUCUGAAUAGAUGUGGCCCCAAACUGGGCGAAGUAUUCAGAUUUAAUGGAGGCUCUAAACUGCCCGGGGCUCCUCUUUCUGUAUCUUCUACAUUAUCGUCCAACAUCUCGAGUUCAGUCUCUAAAACCAUACCUGUGCGGCAGCCUCUGAAAUUGUCUCCUAAAAGGCUUGAUAUCUCUGAACUCCCCAGGAUACCAAAGAUUAAAAAGGAAUCGACUGGUGGACAUUUGGGAUUGCAGCCGGCAAGUGACCGAAGCAGUGAUAUUCCCAGCUCCUGUAUAACACAGUUGACUGGCAAAGGGAGUACAAACCAACCAGUCGGCGCUAGUAAAAUGGAGAGCAGCAAGUCGCGUGCUCCUCAGAGACAAGCGCACACAAGUGGCGGCUCCACUGCUGCCCAUGCCAGUUGUACCUUUCCUGCUUCAAGGGGGAAUGUUGGAAGCUCAUCAUUUGAGAGCUUUAAAAUCAACAUCCCUGGAAAUGCUGGGCAUUCCAGCAGACUGUCUAAUCCUGGGUUUUGCAAUACUUUCCGGCCUGUGGACAAUAAAGUACAGCAAAAGGAGAAUCCGUCGCCCCUCUUUUCGCUGAAAAAGACUAAACCAGUCAAAAGUGAAAUAUAUGAUCCUUUUGAUCCAACAGGCUCUGAUUCAAGCUCACCAAAUAGCAGUCCAGAAAGAUUGCCCCUCGCUAAUAUCACCAGAACAAUAUCCAUAGCGAGUCCAAAAGUCCAGACAUUCCAAACAGUGCGCCGCAUUACCCCUUACACACUGGAAAAUGUAUUUGGAUCAGCUGCCGAAUCAUCAGGUGUGCCAUCAAGUAACACAGAGUCUCAUGACGAUAUGAUAAAGGAGAGGCUUGUGGAGCAGGUAUCCGAUACAGAACAAGAGAAAGCUGAGGAGGAGGAAUUGUCAAGUCUACCCUGUACAUCCUCUGCCAUUACAGAUGUAGAGCACUUAAAUGAGGAGGAUGAGAAUGGUCCUAGGGUAGUUUUUGAAGAUGACCUAGGUAAGGCUAGAGUGAAAAUUGAGGCAGACAGUUCCAUAAGAGAAAACAGUCUACAGAUGUUACCCAAAAAUGAGCAAACAGAAAAGCGAUCUUUUUCACGAUCCCCAUCAAAUUCCAGUUCUCGAAGCCAGAACAAAUUAAAAAGAAAAAAGGCAGCUACAAAAGACUACAAAAGCACACGAUCAAGAUCUAGAUCAAGAACAUGUUCAAGAGAUAGAAGCUCCAGAUCUACUUCUCGCUCCAUUGAAGAAAAAUACAGCAAAAGCCACAGGACUAAAUCAAAGACUCGGCAUUCCUCAAGUGACUGCUCCAGUAGUUAUGAGCAAUUGAAGAAAAAGAAAGCAAAGGAUAAGACGAAAGACAAAAGGGCAAAAAGCUCCUGGGCAAAAGAACACAAGAGAUCUAGAUCACGAUCUGGUAGUCCAGGCAACUCUUCUUUUGAGUUGCAUGAAAGUCGGAAAAAGAAAAAGCACUCUGCCACUAGAGAAAGGGGGAGGGAAUGUUCCCCAUCAAACUGUGCUGAGAGAAUGAAGAAAAAGAAGCACAGAAGAGAGCGAAGCCAUGACAGGUACAAGAAGGAGAGAACCUCAAGGUCCCGAGAGAGAAGGAGAUCUAGAUCUAGAUCCCGGGAGAAGCGAAAGAGGAGAUCAAGGUCAUCCUCACCAUCAAGACCCCGGGAGUCCAAAGGGCCUAAGUCUAGGGAGAAACAACUGCAAUCUAGGUCACACUCCAAAGAAAGGAAGCAUAAGCCGAAAGAGGUGCCACUGCUACCUCUUCAAGAGAAAGAACAGAAAGGCCAGAAAUCCUCAGAUGAUAACCUGAGCAGUUCUCUUGAUCAUGCUCCUCCUUGGACCCAAGACUUGGAAGAUUCAACACAAGAAUCAUUGAAUGUUCAUCUGGACCUGAUGCCUGUACAGGAGAGCCCUCCAAAAGAGAUAGCAAUGAAAGUUGAUUUAGAAGAGGCCAUUGUAAAGGAGCAAAUCUGCAAGAAACUUGUAACUGUAAUAACUUCUCAGGCAGAGUGUGCAAGUUCUGGAGUGCUACCUGACAAUAUAGAUUCUUCCACUGGGAAGGAAUUGGCAGCAGGCUAUGAGUCACCAGGACUUGAUAGCCAGAGUAGUGAGCAAUUGGAAGAAAUUGAAGUUAAAAAAGAAGAUAUUGAUGAUGUGUGUCCGUUUUUAUCAGACUGUCUUCCAGUGAAGGAGGAACUUGUACAGGAGCAUGAUGAGCCAAUGCCAAUUAAAGUUUUGCCUGAAAUCAAAACGCCAACAGAGGCUAAAGGUGGGGGCCUUACAUUGGGUGAGAAGGCCACUGAUGUAAAGAAACAUGAACCGGAAGCAGUAGCUCAAGGUCCUGUAUUGAAAUCUAAAGCACCAGUGAAAAGAGUUACGUGGAAUCUUCAAGAGGAAGAAAGUGAUGCAGUGACUGCAGACAAAGCAUCAAGGGUGCCAUUCUGCAAACAGCAGAGAACGAAAGAAGGGGUCUGGAAAGCGGAGGAUUUGACCCAGACAUUAAAUCAGGUUUACAACCAAAACCUGCCUCUGACAGCACCACUGCCCUCGAGUCUGCCCCCCUAUGCGCCUGUUAGUCAGCCCACUGUCCAGUUCAUCAUGCAGGGGAGUCUCCCUCUGCUCAGCUGUGUGGCGGGACAAGGAUUGACUCCAGAGCCUGGCAAUCUGGCAACAGCUUCAGAACCAGGAAUUCAGGCAGCUUCCACAGGAGAUACAGAGGAGAAAGUCAAAGCACCUAAGUCCCCUGUGGAUAAAUCAAAAAAUGAGGAGUACAUGAAGAAACUUCACAUGCAAGAGAGGGCUGUGGAAGAAGUGAAACUCGCAAUUAAGCCCUUUUACCAGAAGAGGGAAAUCACUAAGGAGGAAUACAAAGAUAUUCUUCGGAAGGCGGUGCAAAAGAUCUGCCACAGCAAAAGUGGUGAAAUUAACCCGGUGAAGGUGGCUAAUCUUGUGAAGGCUUAUGUUGAGAAGUACAAACAUAUAAGGAAACACAAGAAGGCUGAGCCUGAAGAAGAGCCCCUUGAAACAGGGAACUGAGAAAGGCCAAGCCCCAAAGAUGAAACAAGUGGAGGCUUUUCUAGCCAAGGAUUUUCUUCUUCUGCAGACGAAAGCAGGGAUAAUGCAAUUGCAUGUUGCAAGACACCCCUCCCCACUCUGCAACUGAACGUGGUCGGGCCUUCCUGCAGGGCGGCCCAUUCUCACACAGGGAUGGGCGUGGAUUGGACUGCAGUUCAAGAGCCAAAUGUCAGCAUAUCCCACUCAACUUGUGGAGUAGCUGGACAAAGAAAAGUAUGUGUGUGUUGGGGAGAUCAACACUAUCAAUUUUCAUGGCUUUGGUUGCCCGCCCGCCCGCCCCCCUUUUUUGUUCUCUGCACCUGUCUGUCCAGUUUAAAACAGACACUUUUAUAUGCAGUGUACAGCAAUGUAUACUUGCUCCCACUGUGUUCUUAUUUAUCAGAAAUGUGGAUUCUUUAGCGGUUUCUCAGAAAUUUGGUUUAAUACUUGAACCGCAGUAUUUCUAGCCUGUUCUGUGAUGAACUUUGACUCGCUCUAUCUUAUGGGAGUUGCAGGCGUGUGCUACCCUUUCUAAAUCCACUCCUGAAAACACUGCUCCAGAGAUGGCAUUCAUUUACCAUUCUGUUGAAAUAUCUCAAUGAGGAACUUCAUUUUGAAAGGGCGGGGGUGGAAACUGGUGGAAGGGGAUUUGAACUAUGUUGAAGCUCUUGUGAAUAAUGUGCUGAAGGCUGGUUUCGAGUCGUUUUGCAUUCAACGAGCUGCCUUUCACUGAACAGGGAGGGUGGGGGGAGUGGAGGCAGAGAAGCACCGUUUGCAGACUUUCAAUUACAAAACUGAGGUAUGCAGCAAAAAGGAUGUACAAAGGAGAAAUGUGACAGUUUAUAAAGUUAUUUUGAAUUGUU